CGGACUUGUCUCACAGAUGCCAGCGAAUAGAGAUCAACGUAUUUUGUACAGAGCGGAGGAACAGUUGUUUUCGCUUGUAGCUCGUUUACUACAUCACUACGAGUGAAAAGAGGCCUAAUUCGUAUACUAAAAACGUUUUGCUCGCGAGUUAUUGAUCCGGAAAAGUCGAACAUGUGAAUUUCUUGCCAGUUUUACCGAAGUUGUGAUUCUUUUCACUCCACUCAUAACGUUAAAAGUGAAAGUGAAAGCAAAAUCUCCGUAUAGUUUACUGCACGGCCACACCAAGGAGAGAGAUAAAAUGUACAGACGCAGGAGAAGUAUGGAAGAUAUUUAUAGACGAUUUGCAGAUGAACAUCCAGAUCUCAGGAUUGUGCUGCUGGGUAAAACUGGAUCAGGGAAGAGUUCAACAGGAAACACCAUCAUCGGCGACUCUGUGUUUAAGAGUGGUAUGUCAUCUAAGUCUAUUACUAAUGAUUGUCAACGACAUCUGGCAACAGUGGAGAACAGAAUCAUCUCGGUGAUCGACACUCCAGGAACGCUUGAUACGUCCAUGACUGAAGAAAAACUGAAAGCUGAAACAGAGAAGUGUGUCUACAUGUCUGCUCCUGGUCCUCAUGUGUUUCUGCUGGUCAUGAGACUGGACGUUAAAUUCACAAUUGAGGAGAAAAACACAGUGAAAUGGAUUCAGGAGAACUUUGGAGAAGAAGCUACUCGAUACACAAUCAUUCUGUUCACUAGAGGAGAUCAGCUGAAGGGACAAACAUUAGAUGAUUUUAUCAGUGAAGAUAAUGAUCUCAAGGCUCUUAUUAAAGUGUAUCGUGAUAGAUAUCAUUUAUUCAAUAAUGAAGACAUGAAGAAUCGCUCUCAGGUCACUGAACUGCUGAAGAAGAUUGAGGAGAUGGUGGAGGAGAAUGGAGGACAGCACUACACUAACGAGAUGUAUAGAAAAGCCCAGGAUGAAAUUAAACGGGAGGCUCUGAAACAAAGAGCUAAAGGUUAUGGCAGAAAAGCACUAGAAGUAAUAGGAGGAGUAACAGUCGUAGCAGGAGCAGGAGCAGGAGUAGGAGUAGCAGUGGCAGGAGAAGCAGCAGCAGCAGGAGCAGGAGCAGUAGCAGCAGCAGUAGCAGCAGGAGCAGGAGCAGGAGCAGUAGCAGCAGCAGUAGCAGUAGCAGCAGUAGGUGCAGGUGUAUUAGCUAAAGCAGGCUUGAGACGGUAAUGCACAGUUACUUUAAAUGACAAAAAAAAAAAGAUUAUAUAUAUUCUUCCGAUAGCUGUAUGUGAAGCACAUCAUGUGACACAGUUGUGUUACCCGAGUUUGAUUCCUUGCUUGUGGUCCUUUUCACAUUUCUCCUGCUUUGCUUCCUGUCAAAUCUCUAUACUUUCCUGUCCAAAUAAAUGUCACAAAUAUUAAUAUGCUGUUUCUAAAUGCCUAAUCAGUUCUUUGCAAUCACAAGCAGAUUUAAUAGAGGGACUAAGUUGUUUGUAAAACAUUUGCAAGCAUUGUAUUAAAUGUUUUAAUUAUUAAGUAUGGUUUAUUUUGAUUAAAAUGAUCUAUUUUAAUUCUUGUUUAGAAACCACACAUACACAUCCAUAUUCACAUGUACUUCCUGAUUAUCUUUGUUCUACCUGCUUCAAUGAAUAAAUAAAGUGGUCGUGUGGAAUUCA